AUGGAUGAUAAAAUUAGCAUAUCCUCCAACAGUGAAGUUAAGUUCCCAAAGUUGGAGAGAUGCUUGACGGACAUAUAUUUGGAGAGACUUGACGAUUAUUUCUCUCAAACAAUUUUAUCCGACUCAGUAAAAAUUGAAACAUUGAUGAGAAAUUUAUCUGAUGACCUAUACGAUAAAAUUAAGUCAUUAUACGUAAUGAUUGAAAUAGGAAGAAAAUUAGAUAGUAUUAACAUUAAAUCAGAAAGUGACAAUGUUAAUUAUGUUUUUAGUAGGGAUAAAAAGUUUAAUAAAAAUAAUGACAAUAAUAGAAAUAAUGAUAAGAAUUUAGAUAUCCAAAGUACUUCUAAUAGGAAUGAGAUUAAUAGUAACUAUAAUAGACCUAAUUAUUAUUCGAGGCAAAAUUUUGACAGUAGGAAUAGAAAUUAUGGUGAUAACAAAUUUAGUAAUGUUAACGACAACAGGAAUAGGAAUUUUAGUAACGUUAGAAACUAUAACAAUUAUAAUAAUAACAACUAUAGAAAUAAUCAGCAUAAUGAUAGUAACUAUCAAAAUUACAAUUAUGGAAGUUGGGGAAAUAAAGUUGGCACUGCCAAAGACAAUAAUGAGAAUGAUUUAAAUGUCAACAACCUGGCUGAAAAUACAGACAAAGGUGAUGACAGUGCUUUUAUGACUACUUUGAAAUUAAAUAAUGUUACUACUACUAUGCAGGUUGACACUGGAUCAAAGUAUACCAUCAUACCUCAUGAUAUGGCUAAAAAAAUUGGUAUAAGAGAAAUAAAGAAAUCCAGUUUGCGGCUUACACCCUAUGACGGAAACUUGAUUAAGAUCAUCGGGACAACUCAAGUUAAAGUAAGUUAUGAAGGAAUCACUAAAUAUUUACUAGCAGUAGUUCUAGAGUCGAGAAAGAACGCGUUAUUAGGAAGAAUCUGGAUCAAUGCCUUUAAAAAUAUUUUAAAUAAAUUCAUAAGAAAUGUCGACACCAAUUAUGAAGACGAAAUCAAUAAACUUAUUAAAGAUUGUUAA